AUAAUCAAUAUUUCUAACAGUUUACUGCAAUUUACGAUACGUCGCUUCUAGUCAAAUACACUUUUUAUGUUGUUAUCCUUCGUGCUUAUGAACUUUUGUGUAUGCACGUUUAUUAAGUUGUAAAAUGAUUCGAACGUUUGUUACAGCUCAGACUUUAAGAAAUGUUUCGAACAGAGUCCCAAUGUUUCCGUAUCGUAAUAAAAGCAGCGAAGCAUUUACUUCCAAUACAGAAACAAUCAACGUGACACCCGAUCCAGAUCUGCCAACAAUCUCUGAAAAUCCGUUUAAGAAAGAGCGGAAAGUAUGCAUUUUGUGUAAGCACAAGAUAGAACCAAAUUUCAAGAAUGUACGCUUAUUAUCGCAAUUUCAAAGUCGUUACACAGGUAGAAUUUAUGGAAAACAUAUAACUGGAUUAUGCGAAUACAAACAAAAAAGAAUGGAAGAAGAAAUAUUGAAAGCGCAAACUGCUGGUUUAAUGGGCAUCAUGACAAGAGAUCCCAAAUAUGCUAACGAUCCAAAAUUAUUUGAUCCAAACUUCCCAUUCAAACCACAUCCAUUUUAAACAUAAUACGUUUGAAAAUAUCGAAAAAUCAUACAUUGAAUUUUCAUAUUCACGUAGAAAUCUUAUUAUAAAUAUGUAAAUAAAUAAUAAAUAAAUAUAACAUUGUAACUUGUA